AUGAAUGUUCUUUUGAUUGGCAACGGCGGCCGCGAGCAUGCUCUUGCCUGGAAGCUCAACCAGUCGCCGCUGGUUGAAAAGAUCUUUGUUGCUCCUGGCAACGGAGGUACUGCCAAUUUAAGCAAAGCAGAGAAUCUGCAGAUUGGCUCUUCCAAGGCAGAUUUCGAUGCUCUUGUUGAGUUUGCAGUGAAAAACAACGUCAAACUGGUAGUUCCCGGCCCGGAGCAGCCAUUGGUUGAGGGCGUCACUACCAAGUUCACGAAUGUGGGCAUUCCUGUCUUUGGUCCGAGCGAGGCAGCUGCUCGCAUGGAGGGCUCCAAGACGUUUUCAAAAGAUUUCAUGGCCAAGCACAACAUCCCUACGGCUGCAUUCCAGAACUUUACUGAUUUCGAAAAGGCCAAGCAGUAUGUGGCCAGCGUGGACCACAAGGUCGUGAUCAAGGCGUCUGGUUUGGCGGCUGGAAAGGGCGUCUUGAUGCCCGAGACCAAAGAGGAGGCCUACGCCGCUCUUGAACAGGUUAUGAAGGACAAGGAAUUCGGUGACGCUGGUGACGAAGUUGUCGUCGAAGAGUGCCUCGAGGGUGAUGAGCUUUCGAUCCUCGCCCUCAGCGAUGGCUACACUAUCAUCGAUCUUCCUCCUGCUCAGGACCACAAGCGGGCUGGCAAUGGCGAUACUGGUCUCAAUACUGGUGGUAUGGGUGCUUAUGCCCCUGCUCCCGUUGCCACUCCGGCAAUUAUUGAGCAGAUCCGUCAAACCAUCCUUCAGCCGUCUAUCAAGGGUAUGCGCAAGGAUGGCUUCCCGUUUGUUGGUGUUCUUUUUGUCGGCAUCAUGCUCACUAAAAAGGGCCCUCAGGUUCUGGAGUAUAAUGUUCGUUUCGGUGAUCCCGAGACCCAGACCGUCCUUGGUCUGUUAAAGACCGACUUGGCUGAGAUCAUGCUGGCUGCGGCUGAGCACCGUCUGGACGCCGUUGACGUCGAGAUUGACCCUGGUUAUGCUGCUACUGUUGUUUUGGCUGCGGGCGGAUAUCCUGGCAACUACCCCAAAGGUGACGAAAUCACCAUUGGUUCUCUGCCUGAGAAUGCCCAAGUUUUCCAUGCCGGUACCAAGGCAGUUGGCGACAAGGUCGUCACAAAUGGUGGUCGUGUUAUUGCUGUUUCUGCCGUUGCCCCUACACUUCGUGCGGCAGUUGAUGAUGCUUACCGCGGGGUCGAUGCUGUCAAGUUCUCCAACCGUUACUUCCGCACCGAUAUCGCUCACCGUGCAUUCAAGGCUGCCGAUGCUGCUGCUUCUGCGCAGGCGAUUACUUACGAAAGUGCUGGUGUUUCCGUUGAUGCUGGUAACAAGUUUGUUGAGCAGAUCAAGGCCAAGGUCGCCUCUACCAAGCGGGCUGGUGCUGACGCUGAGAUCGGCGGCUUUGGUGGUCUUUUCGAUCUCAAAGCUUGCGGCUACAAAGACCCCCUCCUGGUGGGUGCUACCGAUGGUGUUGGUACCAAGCUUAUGAUUGCACAGAGCAUGGAUAUCCACAACACUGUUGGUAUCGAUCUCGUGGCCAUGAGUGUCAAUGAUCUGGUUGUCCAAGGCGCUGAGCCCCUGUUCUUCCUCGACUACUUUGCCAGUGGUAAACUGCGCCCUGAAGUUGCCGCAGGCUUUGUUUCAGGUGUUGCUGAUGGCUGUGUCGACGCCGGCUGUGCCCUGGUUGGCGGUGAGACGGCUGAGAUGCCUGGUCUCUAUACCGGUAACGACUACGACGCUAACGGUACUUGUGUUGGUGCUGUUGAGCGUGACCAGGUUUUGCCUCGUCUAAAUGAGCUCGCUGAGGGCGACGUUCUCCUGGGUCUAGCUUCGGCUGGCAUCCACUCCAAUGGCUUUUCUCUUGUUCGCCGUAUUCUUGAGGUGAAAAACGUUCAGUUCACCGACAAAGCUCCCUGGGACCCUAAGACGAGUGCUGGCGAGUCUUUGCUCACCCCCACUCGCAUUUACGUCAAGUCUAUUCUGGAGGUUAUUCGCCAGCCGAACCAGGGCGGCGUUGUUGCCCUUGCUCACAUCACCGGUGGUGGUCUGGUUGAGAACGUGCCCCGCAUUCUCCCCAAGACUCUGGAUGCCGUCGUCGAUGUCAAGACGUGGCCUCUGCCUCCUGUGUUCAGCUGGCUGGGCAAGGCGGGUAACGUUCCUGUCAAGGACAUUUCCAAGACUCUCAACAUGGGCAUCGGUAUGGUUGUGGUAGUCAAGAAGGAGCAAGCCGAGGCUGUCAAGGCUACUUUCUCCAAGACCGAAAGCGUUUAUGAGAUCGGUCGUCUCGUCAAGGGCAGUGGUGUAUGCACAUUGACCAACACCGAGGGCUGGUACCAAAAUAUAGUCUAG